ACACGGAGGAAAAGUGGCAGGAUGAGAAAGUAGAUGGAUUUUUUUGUUAUGCAGCCAUUUUCUGGGGUAGUAAUUUCCUGUGGAAAAGAAGUUUGUAGUUUUUAGGGGCCGCAUGAGCAGCCCCUCCCCUCUGUGUCUGUGUAUAAAUGUAAAGGUUUGAAGGAGGGGCUCCAGCUCUUCAGCUUCAUCUCUUUAGUCCAGGAGAAAAACCACCAGAAAGCAGCAUGUUGCCACCAAACCUACUGAUUGUGUCGAUCGUCAUCCUUCUGGCCACUACGGCAUCUACUGCGCCUGUGGAGGAGAAGGAGGUGGAGGAGGUGGAAACGGAGGCCACUGAGAUGUUGGAGGGGGAGGUGUCUGAGGAGGAGGAGGAUGAUGAUGAUGACUCCAAGAGUCAGGAUAAUUUUGAUGGAGCUCUCGGAGCUCAGAAGACCACCAUGUCAGCUCCAGCAGCCGGAGGUUCAGCUUUGAGUGGCCAGGCUCUAGAGGCGGGACCCCAUGUUGGAGCUGCAGGAAGCUCUACAGGUCAAGGAGUUGAUCUCUCCCCUGUCCAGUUAGCAGCAGCUGGACCUCCAAACAGCUCCUCAGGCUCUGCAGUAUCUCCAGGUUCUGAAGGUUCCAUGGGUUCUGCAGCCUCUGUAGGGUCUACAGGAUCUGUAAGUUUUUUGGGCCCAGCAGGAUCUGCAGGUUCACCAGGGUCUGUAGAUUCCAUGGGUUCUGCAGCCUCUGUAGGUUCUGCAGGAUCUGUAAGUUUUUUGGGCCCAGCAGGAUCUGCAGGUUCACAAGGCUCUGUAGGCUCCAUGGGAUUUGCAGGCUCUGUAGAUUCUGCAGGCCCUGUAGAUUCUGGAGGAUCUCUGGGUUCUGUAGGUUCUGCAGGUUUUGUGGAGUUGGGAGGAUCGCCAGGUUCUGUACCUGCUGAAAUCUCUGGUGUUUCUGCAGGUCAAACUCAUUCAGCAGGAGCUGAACGCCUACCAAGUUCAUCUAGAACAGACGUGAACGGUCCAGAUGGUGUAGACUCAGAAUCCAAUGGUAAUGGGCAGAAGCUGCUGAACGGUGGAGGAGCUGGGGCUGGAGUCGAAAGUCAGACCGGAAUCAUUGAUCCAUCCAGUCAUGACUACCUGCACAACCUUAUGGGUGGUGGUUUGGUGGAUGUUUUCAGUACAGAUGGUCAUGUUGAAAUUCCAGCUCAUUUGACCCAUCCGACCCACCAUGUGUUCUCAGGGAUUGGUACCGAUGUGACAGUAGUGCCAUCUGGUGGACAGAUCAUGGUGGACUCACCUGCAGAUUCUCAUCAUCACUCUGCAGGGAGCAUUGACCAAUCAGCAUCACACGGUGCCUCUUUGAGCCCUGGAUCUGAUCAACCAAUGGCCAGGCCUUUCUCAGGUUCCUCCCAUUCUAUAAUUUCCUCAACAUCUUUAUUAGGCAGUGCCAUCGGGGGUCACCAAGAGCAGACAGACAGAACACAAUUUUCUGACCACAAUGGAAAUGGUAGACAAACCAUGCUGACAGACACGAACAGAGCUGUAACAGAAAGAAUGAGUUCCCUCGGCGAUGCUCACACCCAGAACUUGCUAAUGCAAACUGAUCUAACAGGUGGAACAGAGACAGUAACCGCUCUUCAUCUUGACCUCACAAAUUCAGGUCCUGGCCGUGAUAUUACAGAGCUGUCUCCCAUCACUAUGAACAUAGAGUCUGCAGCAGCCGUCACCAACACGCUGAGCCCAGUUUCAGCUGUUGGCUCUAACACAGAUCCGGUUACUGUAAUGGCAGACUCCACAGGUACAGACACAGUUACAGCUCAUCCAUCAGGGACUCCGUUUGACUCCAGACAUCUAGCAGGGACGGAUCAAACACAAAUGGCUGGCUUGUCCUCUCCAGGUUCAGUCACUGAACAGUACAACCCAUCUGGUCAGGGUCCUGAAGGUGCUGAAAAUGCGGAACUGGAGGAUACCUGCUGACUUCCACAUGAAGCCCAGCGUGCGGCUAAUUCGUUUUCAAAUUCCGUGUACCGACAAAUCAGCAUGGCCCAGGAAUUCUGAUUCCACCCACUAGCUGUAGACCCCCACCUCCUUCCAAAUGACAACUAUUCCCUUUUGUUGUUUAAAUAUUUAAAAAAGAAAACGUGGUUUAUGGACGUUUAUUUUGUUUUAGACCAUCUUUGGUCUUCUCAUUUAUCCAUCACUGGUGCAUGAUCCAGCUAGAAGUGAGGAAAGAGAAUUAAUGUGUAUUGUUUAAUUGUUCACAAAAUAAAAGCGAAUAAAAUAGCCUAUAUAUAACUUGCUGUUCAUUUCCAAACUUGCAAUAAAGCAUAGUGCCAUUAAAAUGUUGUUUGGCAUCAAAAUGUGCCUGAUAAGUUUGUAUAAACCAAGUGUUUUCACCACUUGCCAUCUUUUUAGUGCUAUGUAAAGACCUCACCCACUUAAGUCACCACCAACUCACGCAGGUUUGGAAAUGACAAAAGCCCGCUUUAAUGGGAAUUACAAAAAAAAAUAUUUUAGAUGAAUGUCGACCAACUGACAAUUUUGUUUGUUUUUUGGCAUCAUACAGAACUAAUUGUAAAUGUUUGAACUUCUACAAUAAAGUUUUGUCUAUUUUGAACAUCAAA